AUGUACUAUACAACAACGGCGGGGGUCAAUUGGCUGCCCUGCAGAUCGUUUCGACAGGGUCUUUGUUUUUUGUUCAUUUGUGCCCACGGAUUCGCCCUCCUUCUCCCCAUUAAAACAUGGUCUUUAGACCCUCCGGCCUUCCAGAGCCAGGCCCUUUGUUUUAGAUGCCCUAGCCACUUUGACCGCGGGGUUGCCCUGUAAUCAAUGCGCCUACCGCCUUGUCAGUUUCGCGCCCCACGACAAGAUAUUUCUGAGUCAAGCAGUCGAGACCACGGUCGCUUACAGAUUCAGUCGCCAUACUCGCUCCCUCAUCACUCAUUGAUAAAUUUUCCUGACUUGUGUCUCUUUUCCAAACAUUUCGUAGUUGCUCCGUAGGCUCAAGUCUUCUCAAAAAUGUCCGACGACGAGGCGGAUCCUGAGCUGCUUGAGCUUCUCCGCCAGCACUUCCAUGGAAAACUCGAUGUCAAGGCCGAACCUGAGACAGGCGUCCUCGAAACCGUCGAGCAUGUCUACGACACCUGCAUCGACGUCGCCAUCGACAUGCGUGCCUCCAAGAACGCCGCCGAGGCCAUCUACUCGCAGAUGCAGGAGAAGAGCUACUCCACCGCUACCUGGUCGGAGCACGAGCUGCACCCGCAGACCAAGGACGAGAGCACCGUUGCCUUCAUCUUCACUAUGGACCUGUUGAACUUCUCUUUCUGGUCCGAACUACCCGAUGACGAGAGGUUUGCCAUCGAGUACCGCGGAAAGAGAUGGACUGGGUAUUGGAGCUUGGUUGCGGCGCUUCAAAGGGCUCUCGAAGAAGGCAUCCCCAUUACAGAUCCUCAGUACUGGAACGAUGCAGAUAAGUGCAAUUUGGAAUCAAUGAGGCAUGUGUUCCGAUCAUGCACCGAAGAGGAGAUGCCUCUGCUCCAAGAACGCCUCGACUGUCUGCGCGAGGCCGCCCAGGUGCUGGACGAGCGCUACGACUUCUCCAUCACGGAGCUUGUGACUGCUGCCGACGGAUCAGCUGCACAACUCGUCAACUUGCUCGCCGAAGACUUUGACUGCUUUCGCGACGAGCAUCAAUUCGAGGACGGCAAGAUGAUUCGCUUCCUCAAGAGAGCCCAGAUUCUAGUUGCCGACCUGUGGGCUUGCUUCAACGGCGAGUCCUAUGGUGAAUUCCACGACAUUGACAAAAUCACCAUUUUCGCCGACUACCGCAUCCCCCAGAUCCUUAUCUCUCUUGGCGCGCUGUACUGCUGUCCGGGUAUUGCAACAGCUAUCAAGGAUAAGAAGAUGAUAGAAAGUGGGUCGGCAUGGGAAGUGCAGCUGCGUGCUUGCAGCAUCUGGUGUGUCGAGUUGAUUCGGCGCGAGAUUAAGCGGAAGCACCCCGAUGCCCAUGUCAACGCUAUACUGAUCGAUUUCUUCCUCUACGACAGUGUGAAAGAGCAGGAGGCUGCUGGAAAGGAGGCAAUCCCACACCAUCGAACGAGGAGCAUCUGGUACUAGGUACGGGUGGGGUGCCAAAUGACACAGAACCUCGACACUCAACACUGGCCACGCGAGGUUUAGCAUAUAGACAUGAUGCUUUGAAUCCAACCACAUCGGAUUGAUAGAAUAGUUUAGU